ACCCCAUUAUACGGAUUCUUAGAAAAAAAAAGAACUGGGAAGAUAUCCACACCGCCAUAUUUGCUAAUACGGUACUGUUCGACGGCAAAAGCUCUCACCUAAACUACAGUAUGUAGGUGUGACUUUAUGAGGUGACUUUAUCUGAGAGCAGCAGACUUCAUCUAGAGACAGCCAACAUUACCAGUUCAAGACAAAUAUUGUCCAAGUUAAUUCCGCAGGGGAAAAGUCAACUGUCUUCAACAUUCAACUGAACGAUGGCAACUGGUGGUACAGCUGAGGUUCUUGGGAAGAUUGGUGAGCGUCAUCUAGAAUGCUCCAUCUGCUUCAACCGAUUCACUGAACCGAAACUAUUGAACUGUAUUCAUAGUUUUUGCAUGCAUUGUUUGAAAAAUCUUAGAGAUAUCCAAGAUACGGGACAAGUGAAAAUCAAAUGCCCGCUGUGCAGACGUUACACUGAACUGGGAAGAUCUGGGGUUGAAGAUCUGCCGACUAUCAUCACACUGAGUGCCCUGGUGGAGGAGUUUGCAAUACAGGAACAGCUUCUACAAGGUCAAGGGUCAGAGAUCAAAUGUCAAAGCUGUGAGGAGAAAAAUCAAGCAUCUUUAUUCUGCACACAAUGUGCUCAGUUUCUCUGCCAAGACUGCCAGAAAGUACAUGGACGCCUUGCAGGAACAAAAUUUCACAAAACCUACACCAUGGCUCAGCUUCAAUCAGGAGAGAUUGCCUACAAGAGCAAACUAAGAGAAGAACCAACAUGUAACAAACAUCCUGAUCAGAAUCUGAACAUUUAUUGCAACACAUGUCAGCAGUUGAUUUGCACAACCUGCUCUGUUCUGAAACAUCAAAAGCAUUCCUGUGCUGACAUAACUGAGGCUUUCGAUAAAUGCAAACAAGAAAUUGAAGGACUGAUGGCAAAGGCUGAAAAAAAGAAGAAAGAGCUGAACAAAGCAAAGGAAGACACAGCCGAGUCCCGCAAGAAACUAGACACCAUGUUUGAAGCCACUAAUAAGAAGAUCUCCCAAAAGGCAGACAAGAAGGUUGCUAAGGAGGUUGCUAGCAUCAGAGAGAUGGAGCAGAAACUGAAGCAAGAGACCAAGGAGAUCUACCAAGACAGAGUCAAGACAAUGGAGACUGUUGAAGACAUCAUCGAUACAGAGCUGACAGUGGCAAAGCAGGAACUGGAUGAAAUGAACAAGCUUCUGGCUGAAGAAAUCAAGACAGAAAUUUUACAUCUGAAACAGAAAUUCAUGCAUUCCCUCAGAGAACUGACCGAACAACAGCCACAAAGAGUACCAGAGAAGUUGCACUUUAUCGACUUCCAGGAGUACAGUGAGACUGAGAAGUCUCUUGGAAGGCUAAUUUUAAAAGAUGAAUGGAGACUGGACAGAGAAAUGGUAUUGCCUACGAAACAUGGAAUUACUUCUAUUACAGUUUUCUCGAAUAACGAAAUAGCUACAGUGGACAUUGAACGCAACCCUGACUUUCCCAAACGGUUGGUAAUUUACUCACCAACAAGCAACCCUGAAUCCCCUUUUAUCUCCCAAAUGCUACAAAUUCCAGAUAUCACAGACCCAUGCCAAGUUGCAGUCAACAGAUUAGACCACCUCAUUGUCCUAGACGGUCUUGCAGUCAAAACCUUCAGCAGAGAAUAUCAGCUCCUCCAUCAGUUCCAGCCAGGAAUUGAUUCAGAGAGCAAGCCAACCUGCCUGGCAGUGGAUGAGGACAAUCUGAUAGCUGUGGGCCAUAAGUACGAGGAACAGAUCAGCCUCUGUAACCCAGAUGGAACCCUCAUCAGGAAACUAUCAGCACCAAUGAUUGAAGAUCAACUCACGGUCAGCAACAAACAGCUUAUGUACAUUAACAACACUGAAAGCAAGCUUAUAUCAAAAGAUUACGAGGGUGAAACCGUACUCUGUGUGGAAACAGACACUCCUAGGACUGUUUGCUGUGACAUUUAUGGAAACAUCUAUGUUGCUAAAGGUAAAUACACACCACCAGAAAUGUCAGGUUCAGGGGCAAUUUAUAGGUUCGAUACAGAGGACAAAAUCAUGAAAUGUGUGAAAAAGAAAUGUACCCUUUGUCCAGUUGGCAUGGUAUUCACACCCACAGGUGAUUUGGUGGUUGGUGGCAGAGGUCCACUACAAAUCUAUCAUCGUAUUUGAAAACUGAGUCAGACAUUUAAAAAAAAAAGAUCUGUGUACAUGUGUGUGGCCCGCCAGACUAAUGUUGGGUGAUAUCAGUCAUUCACUGACUUCAUAAAGUAGCGGCUUUCCACUUACACCAGUCAGCUGCCAGUAUAAAGUACUGGGAUCACUGGAUGGCCCCUUUGAAAAAUGCUUAAAUUGCUCAAUAUUGUACAGUAGAUGGUUUUGCUUUUUUAUUAAAAUUUGGCCAACUGUACAGGUGGUUUGACAUUUUUCUAACAAUGAGAAAUGAAACAAAAAGGAACAUAAGGUUCAACUUUACAUUGAAUUUUGUACAUACACAUACAUGUACAUAUGUGACCCACUCUGUGAAAAUGAGUCUUAAAUCGCCAGAGCCA